AUGUUGAACAUUCGCUCUCGACUGAGGCUGCUAGCUUUUGCGACAUUCUUUGCGCAACAUCUUCCCUUGUCACAAGCGCAAGCAUGUCCACCAUUCACCCCUAAUCUUCCAAUCUCGAGACCGUUAGCAGGAACUGCUGCCAUUGCUGCGACAAUACAAAACAUAACUGGUCUCAUCGACGCUGUCCUAGCAGAAGGUAUCAUAAGCGAUAAUGACACAUCGUUUUCCGUUGAUAUAUACUCUCUUCAUGAUGGUGGCUCGCUGUUCACUUACCACUAUUCUGCGCCAAACCUGCAGCAUGCAACCGAGGGUGUGACUUCCGUGGAUUCAAACUCAAUCUACCGCAUUGGUAGCAUCUCAAAGGUCUUCACUGUGUACACCUACCUUGCAAGCUCGGGCGAUAUCUCGUGGAAUGAACCAGUCACGAAAUACGUCCCAGAACUUGCCAAGGCUGCAUCUUCCACCAAGGAUGACAGUGACCUUGACGCUGUCAGGUGGGACGAUAUCACUCUUGGAUCUUUGGCUUCACACCUCGCUGGGGUCAUCAGAGACGUGCAAGGAAAUAUACCGUCAUCUUUGGCGGUUCUAGGAUUGCCCCCCGUGCCAGAAACGAAUGGUUCUUAUUGUGGUUCAGAUCCCCAAUUUCAAUUCCCAUGUGACCGUGCAUUCCUGCUCGAGACCAUCACCGCCAGACACCCGGUAGUUGCGCCCUUCCACGCCCCGAUUUACUCCAAUCUGGCAUUCCAGCUACUGGCUUUCGCCCUGGAGAAUAUCACCUCGACUCCGUUCGAUGAGCUCGUCAAUACUACGCUGUCCGACAUCCACCUCAACUCGACGUAUUUUCACCUCCCACCUUCUGCAGACAACGCGGUGAUAUCAAUUAAUGACACUUACUCUUGGUAUUCGACAGACCUAGGACCCCUUGGUCCUGGUGGAUCAUUCUACAGUACCAUUAACGACUUACGCACGUUCGGUCUCUCUAUCCUGAACUAUACGGUCUUGUCUCCAGCACUGACGAGAAGAUGGCUAAAGCCUCAUACGUUCCUCGCAGACGCCUACACGUCCAUAGGCGCGCCUUGGGAGAUCUUCUCCUUCCCUCCGGAUGACCGCUACCCGACAAGAGUUUAUGCCAAGUCUGGCGCGGUCGGCCUAUACGCCUCCGAAAUGGCUCUCGUCCCAGACUAUAACGUCGGUUUCACAAUCCUGGCAGUCGGUCAGAUAUCAUCAGCGAUCACCACAAUCGGCUCUGAUCUAAUUGGCGCUCAAUUGAUCGCAGGAGUCAAGGCCGCGGCACGAGAGCAAGCCGAGAAGCUGUACGCAGGUAUCUAUGAAGACGAGGCGACCAAUUCCACCAUCAAACUCAGCGUCGUGGAAGAUGCACGUGGCGGGCCGAGUCUGCAUGUCGACAGCUGGAUCUCGAAUGGGUUGGAUGCAAAGGCGCUGUUCGGUCUGCUGCUAGGUGUGGACACGACUGUGAUGGAGCUUGAUUUCACCCUCUUCCCCACCGGCCUGACCGGCAAAGGCCCGAAUGGCACGAACCUCGUCAGCUGGCGCGCUCUCUACGGCCUGGUGCUUCAAGGGCCCACCGCACCUGCGGACAACAGUACUUCGCAAAACCCCGUCAUCAUCAACAACAGCAUUUUAGAGUCAGUCGUCGGCCCGUUCAGCCUUUCAUGUAGUGGAUGGGCCGCCGUCGAUGCAUUGUCAUAUGGCGGAAUAGCGUUCGACGAGGUUGCCUUCGGUACGGACCCACAGACCGGCGACGUCCUAUCUGUGGAACUGCGCGUCUUGCGAUCGGAGCCCCUGGAGAAGGUCAGCGGUGGCAGUGGGAACAGCACUCUCUUGAAAAGAGUCGAGAAUUUGAGGUCGAAGAUGGUGAAGAGGCACGCGUCUGCGAGUCCUUUCGUUCUCUGA